GGUGGUUACCACAUUAGUAUUAUUGCUUCGAUUGUUGCAAUAGUGGUCAUAGUUUUAAUUAUGGUAAUAAUAUAUAAGAUUUUACGUUAUCGACGAAAGAAAAAAAUGAAGAAAAAACUCCAAUAUAUAAAACUAUUAAAAGAAUAG